GAGCCUACUCUGACCUAAUUCCGCUGCCGAUCUGAUCGUAUUCUCCUAUCCCUCUUUCCCUUCUUCAUUUUUCUGGAAAAACCGCCAUCUUCGUCAUGACGAAAGACGAUUCCAGUCACUCCUCAACGAAUACAGAAGGCAGUGCUCCUCCGACAAACAACUUCAGCACCGUAACACCAACCUCCACCGAUUUUUCCAGCAUCCUGACGAGUUACAAGCUCGACGGGAAGAACUAUCUCAAAUGGUCAAAAACCGUUGAGAUGAAUAUUGCAGCCAGGAGCAGAGGAGGAUAUCUGACCAGAGCCACCAAGCGCCCCGAAGCUACAGACCCCCUGUAUCAAAACUGGUAUGACAAUGAUGCCUUGGUCCGAACAUGGUUGAUCCAUUCCAUGAAGCCAAGUAUCGGGGAAAACUACCUUCUCCAUCCCUCUGCAAAAGCAAUCUGGGAUGCAGCCAGAAACACCUACUCAACGGUUGAUAACACAUCUGCAUUGUUUCGGAUUGAAACACAAUUGUUUCAACUCAAACAAGGGGAGAUGGAUGUCACAGACUACUUCAACUUUCUGGGACAUCACUGGCUGCACCUAGAUAUGUACGAGGCAAUCGAUUGGGAGACCCCUGGAGAUCAAGAGAAAUUCAAGCAGUACAUUGAGAAGAAACGAACCCUGUAUUUCUUACUUGGUUUAAAUCAAGACCUAGAUGAGAUCAAGGGUCGGAUGAUGGGAUUGAAGCCUUUCCCCGGUAUCGAGACUGUCUUUGCUGAGAUAUUAAGGGAGGAGAGCAGACGUCAGCUGAUGCUCAAUCCUAAGCCAAGCCAAGGGGAAAGUUCAGCGUUAGCUGUUCGUAAUUCUCAGAAGAAUAAGCCACAAGACCACCCAAGUCAAAAGCGGGAUGACGAUGAGUCCGAGCUCUAUUGUGACAACUGCCACAAGCAUGGUCACGUUAGAGCUGAUUGCUGGUACAUCAUCGGAUUCCCAGCCAACUGGAAACCAAAAGGAGAAAAGAAAAACAACAAUAAUGGUGCUGGAAGACGUCGAGCUCAUGUGGCAGCUUUGGCAUCUGAGAAGAAACCAGAACCUGAAUCAACCCCUACUCCUUUUACCAAAGAGCAAGCUGGUGCAUUAGAGAAGUUCUUCAAAGCAAUGACUAUAGGGCAGCCAUCCCAACAGAACCAAGCAGGCAUGUUCACAAGCCUGUUUGCUAACCAAGGAGGAAGGCUCCGGGAGGACGAUUGGAACUGCUGAAAGGCAUGAGGACCUCUUCAUCAUUGAAGGACGUGGUGAUGAAGAAACAAGAGGAACAAGGAGGGCUCUAGCUACUAGUAGUACUGAUAGGAUAGAUGGCCAAAUCAUGUUAUGGCAUACACGAUUAGGUCAUCCCAGUUUUGGAUAUCUCGAACGGUUGUUACCAAAUUUGUUUCGGAAUAAAAGCUCCAAGUUGUU